AUGAAAAAAAUAAUAAUAAUAUUUAUAAUAAUUUUAUUACACUGUAUUAGUUUUGGAUACUCAGUUUAUACUAGAAAUGAUUUUUAUAUUUCCGAUAUCUUCAAUAAGUGUGAAUUUAGUUUAGAAAGUGGUGAAUGUAAAGAAAGUAUAUGUGGUGACCCAGAAUCUCCAGUAACAUAUAGUUACUCAAUAGAUAUCAAAGAUCAAGAAAAAAGUUUGUUUACUGUUAAUUUUUAUAAAAAUAAUAACUGUGGAAAUAGACCAACUUUAGUAGGUGAUUUUUAUUGUAGCCCUAAUAGAGUUCAAAAGUUUUCUGAAGUAUCAAAAUUUGACUUAGAAAUUACAUGUGUGGAUUCUCCAUCCUGUAUUGGCUAUGGGAAACCUGUAUCAAGCUGGUAUAUUUAUCAAACAACAGCUGAUGGAAAUCAUUUCUAUUGGGACAACUCCCUCAAACAAAUAGAAGAAUAUGGAAAUAUUAAAUUAUUUACAAAAUUAUCUUUAAAUCCAUCUGCCCUAUUAAACACCUAUAAUUUACUCAAGAGUAAAAUAUUAUCUCAUGUUGUUUAUAAUGAUAAUUCAGAAUAUAAAAAUAUAGAAGGAGGUGGAAUUCAUGUUAUUCAUACAUUGCCAAAUUUUCCUCAAUUUAAAGAUGUAAAUAACAGAGUUAACUAUUUAGAAGAUCCAUUUGUAAGAACAAACAAAGAAGGUAAAAAGAGCGAUAUUAAAUUUUCACAAGCACAAACUGCAUAUUGCUAUACAAUGGAUCCAUUAAAUUAUAAAAAUGAUAUGUAUCAUUUCUUAACUAGAAUCAAUGCUGGUAUUGUAACAGUUAAUUUUCUUAAAAUUGGUUACUCUCUUGCAAAAUAUGGGUCUUAUUUUGAAUAUAAAUUUCAUGAUUUUAAAGUAUUUGAUCAAAGGGUAAAAGAUAUGUAUUCUUCAACAGUUGAUUUAAAUUAUCAUCCAAGAAAAUAUAUGGAAUUUAGAAAAAAUUAUAUUGACUGGUAUAACACUCCACACACCGAAUUUGAAAGAAAACUAAAGUUAAAUGAGGUCCAAAGUACAGAGUCGGUUUUUCCAUUAGUAGAACUAUCUUACCAUGCUUUUUUUUUAGUUCAUUGUAAUACAAAAGAAAAUCUUCCCCGAUUUGGAAAUAUAAAAACAAACCAACAAAAUUAUUUUUUUCAAAAUGAUUAUCUUUUUCAUCAAGCAGGUAUACCAACUGGAUCAUAUUUAAUGAACUCGAUAUCAAAAUUGACCAGAUUAUCAAAUAGCCAUACAAACAAAGACACAAUUUUCAGAGAUAUAUUAUUGUGGGACUAUGUUUAUGAAAAUUUAAAUGGUUUAAAAAAAGAAGACUAUUAUUUACAAACACAACAUUAUGAUGAUAUUGAAAAAGGUCAAAUUCCUAUAAAUGAUUAUUUAUUUAAACUUGUUGAUACAAUAAAAAUAAAAAAUCAAGAUAUCAUCAGGUAUUUUGACCAUUCCAAGCAAUUAUAUUCACAAAACAUAUUUUGUGUUGGUGAUACAAACUACGUGAAUAAACAAAGCAUAGUUACUUCAAUAGGUGAUUACCACUAUUGUUUCGCCCCAAUUCUAGAUGAACCAAAAAGAGUAGCUACCGCAACCAAUAGAGAUAUAUAUCAACACCUUUGCACACCAAAAUUAUCGAUAACAAUAUCAGAAAAAUCCAAUAUCCAAUUUUUACAAAAGUCGUUCACAAAAGAUUUUAAUCUUGAUCCAAGAUUCAUUUUAUUCGCUCCAAAUUUAUAUGAUUAUAUUUUAAAUCUUUUAAUCCAUAAAAUUCUUAAACCAGAUUUUGGUUUUAACAAAAAUAUAGUUUUAACAAUCAAAGAAAAAAUUAACUUGGAUAAUUUUUGUGAGGAUGAAAAAGAAAAUGAAAUCUCCCUUUAUAGAUUAAAAUAUAAAUAUUGUCUUGAUCUUUUAAGUAUUUGUUUUUUUUUAAAGUUUGAUACAAUAAAUAGAGUUGUUAUCCAAGAUCCCAAUCUUAGAGCUAGAUAUAAUUGUUACGAUGGUUUUACCAAUGAAGAACAAUCCAAAAUCAGUCAUUUAAAGGAAUGGUUUGAUUAUGAAGUACAUAAAGAAGAAGUGGCAUUUAAAAUUUAUAUUGAAAACGAAAAAUUGUUCGAUGAAUAA